AUGAAUUCAAUUGAAAGAGCUAGGGAAUUGUUACAGAGCAUUAAAUCGAAAUCCAGAUCUAAUUUUGAAAAGGUGGCUUAAAUAGAAUUUAAAUAAUAACAUUUCUAACAACCCAGUCUAAUACAAAGUAAAAGUGAAAAUUUGAAUUCAAUUUUCAUUAAUGACAAACAAUAUCCAUACUAAAACAUCAUUCAAUAAUAAAAGAGAUUGGCUAGUCAAUUUUAAGACCUAAUGAAAUAAUUAUAUGAUGUGGAAUAAUUGUUUCGAAAUGGUUUAGAGGAAAAUUGCUUAGUUUAGGGCUUAAUAGGUUUAUAGAAUCUAGGGACUUAUAUGAUUAAGGAAUUUGAAAUCUUGAAAAAACUAUAAAAACCAAAGUAAAAUGCACAAACCACUCCGGUUAAUAAAGAAUGCAUGGAACUCGAAAAAAUUUAUGAUGAAAAGAUGAGGAUUGAGUUGAUUUAGAUCUUAUUAUUUAUUAAAUAGAAGGUUCAAAGCGAAAAAAUUAAACAUAUGAAGGAAGCGAUUUACAAUAAUGAAAUAUUGAUAUAUGAUUAUGGGAACAUCAAAAAAAUUAAUCAAAUUAAUCAAAAAUUAUAGAUCGAUGGUCCCAUCAUUUAAAACCAAUUAUAAGAUAGACUUAUUAAUAUUAAGUAAAUGCUUAAGUAAAAGUAUCAAUUGCUUUUGAGAGAAAAGUAGUAAUUGAUUGAUAAAUCUCAACAACAAGAAUUAAUAUAACAUGCAUUCACAUUGUAGAAUUUAUAAAAAAUCGAACAACGCGCAUCAACAGUCAAAAAAUUUAUAGCUGAAGAAUAUCAAAUAUUGAACCAAUCGUUACAAUAAAUCAAACUGAUAGGAAUAGACUUUAUUUAUAAUUCAAUAAAUGAAAAUAAGAAUAUAAUUGAGUAUGAAAAACAAUAAACAAAACCUUUGACAUAUCUUGAAUCGAAUUCAGAAUUAGGAUAAAUUGUAAAAUCUCAAAAUAAUAUUAUCGAUAUUGAAAAACUGAUCAAAUAAAUUAAGACUUGGUGCAAACAUUCUAAAAUUAUUUAAUAUUACGAUGACUGCUCAAGUUAUAACUUGAUUUAAUAAUGUUUUGAAUAAAUAAAAGCCAAGAAGACAUUCAAAAUAAAAGAACUUGAUGAAUUGCGACAAUUAUUUAUGUAGAUUUAGAAAUUAUGA